AUGAGGGCAAAUAUACUUGCUCUCGCCGCCUUGGCCGGCGUCGCCACGGCCGCCGACAAGUUUGACUGGCAGAGCAUCACGCCCAGCCACGACCUUGCCUACCACGACUGCUACGGCAGCUUCCGCUGCGCGCGACUGCUGCUUCCGCUCGACUGGCUGAACCCCAAGCCCAACGAGACGAUUGCCCUGGCCCUCAUCAAGUCCCCCGCCGUCGUCCCCGUCGAUGACCCCACCUAUGGCGGACCCGUGCUGUCCAACCCGGGGGGCCCCGGUGGUUCCGGCGUGGACUACCUACGGGGUGCGGCCGCCAAGCACCACGACGUGGUUGACACCCCCGGCCGCCGCCACUUUGAGUUCGUCUCAUUCGAUCCGCGCGGCAUCGGACGCACGACGCCGCAGAUCAACUGCUACCCGGACAGCCGUCUCGCACAAGCUGCCGCAUCGCUCGAGGCCCGUGGCAGCGGUGGUGUAGAUACUAGCCCGGCCGCGCUGUCGUAUAACCUCGGCCUCGCCGCCAUCCGUGGCGACCGCUGCGAAGAGUUCAACGGCGAGCUGCUCAAGUACGUCGGCACCACGAGUGUCGCGAGGGAUAUGCUGGCCGUGGUGGAGAAGAUUGACGCGUACAACAAGAAGCAGCGCAAGAAGGGCAACGCUACCGGAGAGGAAACGACGGUAGAGGCCGACGAAGACGACGACCGGCUGGAGCUGCGCGAUGCCGCCGACGGCAAGCAUGACCUCCCGCGUCUGCAGUACAUGGGCUUCUCCUACGGCACCGUCCUCGGAAACUACUUUGCCUCCAUGUUCCCGGGACGCAUCGGCCGCCUGCUCUUAGACGGCGUCUGCGACAUUGACGACUACGCAACCGGUGAUGGCUGGCUCACCAACACCGUCGACACCGACGAGAUGGCCGAUGUUUUCUUCCAGAGCUGCUUCGACGCCGGUAGCGACGCUUGCGCCUUGUACCGUCAUGGCGACGCCUCCGGGGCCGACAUUGCCCGACGCUUCUGGGACUGGGCCGCGCGCCUCGACGAGUCCCCCGUGUUCGUGACCAAGCCCGACGGCAGCGGCGACGCCGCAGUGGUCCGGCCCGCCGACCUGCACGCGCUGCUGUUCGAGGCGCUGUACAGCCCGUUCGGCAAGUUCCCGGAAACGGCGAAGACGGCCGAUGAGGCCAUGCGCGGCAACACGACGGCACUGUGGGAGCUCGUCACGUCCUCGUCCGGCGGGCCGCUGGAAGAGGUCUGCCCCAUCGGCGGCAACUCGACGGCGGCAACGGACCCCGACGUGCGGGACCCCCAGAGCGCAAUCCUGUGCGGCGACGGCGAGCCCAUCACCGGCCGCGACGCCGCGUUCUGGCGCGGCUACGUCGAGCACCAGCUCGCGCAGUCGUCUGUCGCGGGCGCCACGUGGAGCACCAUCCGCAUCGCCUGCUCCAAGUGGCGGACGCCCGCCAAGUGGCAGUUCCACGGGCCGUUUACCUCGCCGGCGCCCUCCCGUGACGCCUCCAAGCCGGAGCCCGGGAGGCCCGCCGCGCCGAUCCUGUUCCUCUCCAACCGCCUGGACCCGGUGACGCCACUGCGCGCGGCGCGCAAGGCCGCGGCCAAGUACCCCGGCGCAGGCGUGCUGGUACAGGAGGCCCUAGGCCACUGCGUGCUCGGGAGCCCCCGCUCGUCGGACUGCACGCGGGAUGUGGUGCGCAAGUACUUUGACGAGGGCGUCGUACCGGACGGGGAGAAGACGUGCGAGGCGGCCUGCGAGCUUUGGGAAAAGUGCGAGCCCGUGGGCGCGCUGGCGGUCGAUGAGCCAUCCUCCCGGGACUGGCGCUUCCCGCUGCAUGUUUAG